UGGUUCCAAGCAGUAGUCGCCUGUGAGCUAGUGAUGCAAUUACCCUUCUUCUUCGUCGCUGCGUAUGGAUUUUGGACCCAACAAAAUUGGCUGCGCCUCCCAUGCAUUGUAUACGGCUCC